GGGUGAGGCCGCGGGCCGCCGGGGCGUCGGGAGAGGCCGGGGACCGCGGCGGAUGCUCCCGGUCUCCGCGGCCGCGCGGAGAGCGACUCCACAUGGGGAGGCCGGGGAGGAAGCCCCGAGGCCGCCCCGGGCCUGGUGUGACUGGUCUUUGAGACGGAUUGGAAGUGAUUUGUGGACGUGAUUGGGAGUGACUUUGCCUGGGACUCCGCCGCGUUCUGUCGUCGUGAAUGACACGUGACGCUGACUCUUCCCUUUUCCAAAAGAGGAGCUGGGACGGCGAGGCUCUCCCCUCACACAUCUCAAAGCCAUGCCUAAGUGUGCCCUUACAGGGAUCAGUGUCCUUCAAGGACGUGGCCGUGGACUUCACCCCUGAGGAAUGGCAGCAGCUGGGUCCCGCCCAGAAGGCCCUCUACAGGGACGUGAUGCUGGAAAACUAUUGCCACUUCAUCUCUGUGGGAUUUCACAUUACAAAGCCUGAUGUGAUCCGCAAGUUGGAACAAGGAGAGGAGCUAUGGACAGAGAGAAUUUUUCCAAGUCAGAGCUAUCUAGAAGAUGAAGACGUUUUGGUGGAAUUCAAAGACCCCCAAGACAGGCAUCCCAAAUCAAUUGUAAUCAUCAACCACAAGACACUAAUGAAGGACAGAAGCAGUAUUUACGGGAAAACACUAGGCAAGAACCACAUUUCCAGAACACUAUUAGAGUAUAAAUCUGUCGGGAAGGUUUUGGGAAACAUUUCGGAGUUCAUUAAUACAGACGUAAACCCCGUAGGAGAGGCGCUGGGCGCCAGUGCGGAGUGGGAGAGACGGCUCCUGGAUUCCACGCACGAGCAGGCCCAGCCCGCGCCGCCGCUCGCGCACCCCCGGGCCCUCCGGACCCUCGAGCAGCCGUUUGCCGGGGGCGCCGGCCCGUUCCCCGGGAGAGGAUUCCCCCAGGACAGAACUCAGCGGGGAGACGCGGCCUUCGGCUGCGGCGAGGACCCGAUGGCCUUUCUGGAAGGGUCGGGCCUGGGCGGCCCCGCGCACGGCCUCCUGGAGAGGGGCCCCUCGGCCUGCAAGUACGGGAAGCUCCUCUGCAGGAAGUCCGUCGUGGUGGUGCACCCCCGCGCGCAGCCCGGGGAGAAGCCCUUCCGGUGCCCCUACUGCGGGAACAGCUUCCGCCGGAAGUCCUACCUGAUCGAGCACCAGCGCAUCCACACGGGCGAGAAGCCAUAUGCGUGCGGCCAGUGCGGGAAGGCCUUCCGCCAGAAGACGGCCCUGACGCUGCACGAGAAGACGCACACGGAGGGCCGGCCCUACCUCUGCCUGGCCUGCGGCAAGGCCUUCCGCCAGAAGGCCACGCUCACCCGCCACCACAAGACGCACACGGGCGAGAAGGCCUACGACUGCGCGCAGUGCGGCAGCGCCUUCCGCAAGAAGUCCUACCUCGUGGACCACCAGCGGACGCACACGGGCGAGAAGCCCUACCGCUGCGCCGAGUGCGGCAAGGCCUUCAUCCAGAAGACCACGCUCACCGUGCACCGCCGGACGCACACGGGCGAGAAGCCCUACCUCUGCGCCGACUGCGGCAAGUGCUUCUGCCAGAAGACCACGCUGACGCUGCACCGGCGCAUCCACACGGGCGAGAAGCCCUACCGCUGCGCCGACUGCGGCAAGGCCUUCCGCCAGAAGGCCAUCCUCACCGUGCACCACCGCGUGCACACGGGCGAGAAGGCCAACGCCUGCCCGCAGUGCGGCAAGGCCUUCAGCCGCAAGUCCAACCUCAUCCGCCACCAGAAGACCCACACCGGGGAGAAGCCGUACGAAUGCAAGGAGUGCGGCAAGUUCUUCAGCUGCAAGUCAAACCUCAGCGCGCACCAGAAGACCCACAAGGCCGAGGCCGCGAGAAGUCAGUGAGUGGGGCGACUUGAUCUCAUUUUUUAUUUAUUUUUUCACUUUUUUUUUUUUUUUUUUGAGGCAGGGUCUCACGACGCAGCCUUGGCUGGCCCAGAACUCAGUAUGUGAGGACCAGACCGAUCUCAGAAUCCCAGAGAUCACCCGCCUCUGCCUCGCAAGUGCUGGGAUUAAAGGUGUGUGCCACCAUACACAGCUUUUUCCCCCCCACCCCAAUGGCUUUUUCGAGACAGCGUUUCUCUGUGUAGCCUUGGCUGUCCUGUACUAGCCUUGAGCUCACGGAGAUCCACCUGCCUCUUCCUCCCAGAGUGCGGGGAUCGCAGUGGUGCUCCAGUGAACCCGGCUUCACGUUCUGCCCUUUACAUUUACUACUGGGUAACUUAACACAAAUUCUACCGGGUAAAUUAACAACAACAACAAAAAUAUUUAAAAAUAAAGGCUUUACUUUUUUAUUACCAGAUUCCGUAGACUAAACUGACCUCUGAUAAACUUCUGUAAAUACUCAGAUCUGCUUAUUUUCAAUUACAUCCCUCAUGGCUCAGCACACACCGACAGAUGCAACUCGGCCGUGUGGGAUAGAAAUCCAUCGUUACCGCCUCGGAUUUCACCAGUUGUGAAUUAUGACGGUGUGGAUUGGGUUUUGCUCAUUAUAGGCCUUAUAUAAAAGUGGACUGUUUACCAUUGCUUCCUUUCCACGCAGCCUGUUUCUCUCUGUGUCUGUCUCUGGAUCCAGUCUUGAGUGCAUGUAGGAGAAGGCCAUUUAUUUUUAUUCUGUGUAGAACCCCAUUAUAUAAACAUAUCACUUGUGCCCGUUCGGCCGUUGGUGGACUUUUACAUGUUUCACUGCUGUGGUCGUAAUAAAAUGUACACGCGUGCACUUUUAUGUGCCUCCUCAAGGAGUGGAAUUACCGGGUCUUAGGGCUUAAGCGUGUUCGGUCAGCGGUAGUCGCUGCUGCAGCUCAGAAUGCUCACAGCACGGGGUGAUCGAAGACGACUCGGAACGCUCCCAUGUGGUGGUGGCUCAAACGACGGAGUUCUGGCAUGGAGACCUGGCCCGCAGCGACCGCGCUGCUCUUGCAGAGGACUGGGGCCUAGUCCCCAGCGCCCACUUGGUGGCUCCCUGCUGGCUGUAACUGCACUUCCAGACGACCCAGCACUCCCCCCUGGCCUCUGCAGGCACCGGGCUUCCUGAGGCUGCUCAUACAUACAUGCAGGCAAAACAGUCACUCACAGAAGUCGCAGACUUUGUGUUAGAGCCGACUCUAGCGUUACCGGGGGAAAUGGGACGGAAGAGAAUGUAUAUACAAAGGCUUUUAGCCACAGCCGGAAUCCUUUUUUUUUUUUUUUUUCCCUCAACAUUUUAAAAAUUAUAAUUUAUUACAAUAUUCAAUUUGUAUCCCGGCUGUGGUCCCCUCCCUCCCUCUUCUCCCCCUCUGCCCUCCCCUAGUCCACUGAUAGAAGAGGUCCUCCUCCCUUCUGUCUGACCCUAGCCUAUCAGGUCUCCUCAGGACUGGUUGCAUUGUCUUUCUCUGUGGCCUGGCAAGGCUGCACCCCUCAGGGGAAGGUGAUCAGAGAGCCUGUCACUGAAUUCAUGCCAGAGAAAGCUCCUGCUUUCCUUACUAGGGACCCCACUUAGAGACUGAGUCUAUGGGCUACAUCUGAGCCGGGGUUUUAGGUCCUCUCCAAGAAUUGUCCUUGGUUGGGGUACCAGUCUCUGCAGGGCUCCCAGAGCUCAGUUUUUGUCUCUGUUGGACUCCUUUUGGAGCUCCUGUCAUCUCCAGGUCUUUCUAUCUUCCCCUUCUUUCAUAAAAUUCCAUGCUCUCUGCACAAAGUUUAGCCAUGAGUCUCAGCCCCUCAGCCCAAACCUUAAUAUAGUGAUGUAAUAAAUGAAAUUGGCGUUGCCUUUAGCCACAGUUAAAACCUUAUUUGAAAUGUACAAGAGAAUGGGAAGCAUUCAGCAUUUCCUUUGCUCAACACUAGAAAACCUACAAGACUGUUGAAAUUAGAGGUGGGCAGGGAAAAAAUACAGCUUUUACUCAAG